UAGAAGGAAUUAAGGCCACACCCAAACCCUCUUCUGAUCGAUUGCUCUCUCGUCUGCUACUGAAUUUAAAGCAUGAGCUCUGGAUCCUUCUUCCUGCCCGACAUCGAUGGUGCUUGCUGGUUCGUGGCCACCGACGAAGAACUGCUAACUAAUCAUCUCCAGCAAUUUCCUGUGGAUAUUUCUCCACACAACUCUCUGUUCCCUCAACUCCAAAGGCAGCGGGAGGAUCUUGAUGCUUUCAUUCAGUUCGAGUGUAAUAAAUGGACGAGUGCGGUCCUGCAAGAAUCGAGGCUGCAGCAAGAAAUGAUGAAGCAGAAAUACGAGUCCGUAAUCAGGAGCCUGAAGCAGCAGGAGGAGGAAGAGAUGGCUAUGGCGAGAAACAGAUUGAAGGAGCUUCAGGAAGCGGUCACCGCAGCAGAAAUGAAAGCCAGAUAUUGGGAACACAUGGCCUGGGAGGAGCGCGCCAUUUUUGCAGAUCUGAGCAGGAAGAUGAUCAGCUCGAGAGGGAAAGAACAAGAAGAAGAAGAAGUCGAUGACGACGAUGCUUUGUCGUUUUGUGGGUCGUCUUCUUUUUCUGCUUCUUCCUCAGCAGCAGCAGCAGGAAAAGGUAAUGGAAAAGAAAGGAAAUGGAAGAUUGUGGGUUGUAAAUUGUGCCAAGCUAGAAGGGUGUGCGUGGUGUUCCUACCUUGCACACACCUCUGUUGCUGCAAGAUCUGUGAGUCAUUUCUGGGGCACUGUCCUAUCUGUUUUACAGUGAAAGAAACCACUUUGGACGUCUCCCUCCAUUAAUAACCCUGCUCACUCACUGUACAAAAGAAACUUUUCACCUCAGCCAUGCAUGGGAAUGGGAAUGGGAUUAAUUAAAGAAGAAGGAUCGAUAGAUAGAUAGUACUGAAGUAAACCAGCUAUCG